GGGAGGGAGAAGGAGCUGGGCGGAGAUGACUUCUUCCCCCCCCGCGACGUAGUCGCUGUUAGUUCCUCAGCCGGGAAGAAAGAGAGAGAGAGAGAGAGAGAGACGCUGGGCGGGAAGAGCGGCCUGAGCUCGAGUCCGGGCCCCUCGCCCUAUAGAAGCUACGGCGGCCCCAACUUUCGGCGGAGGCAGAAAAUAACCGGCAGGCCAGUGUCGGAGGGAGUGCCCUCCGUCCAUCACCAUGACAUCCCGAAGGUGGUUUCACCCCAACAUCACUGGAGUGGAAGCAGAGAACUUGCUGCUGACUAGGGGGGUUGAUGGGAGUUUCUUGGCUCGACCAAGUAAGAGCAAUCCUGGAGACUUCACACUUUCAGUGAGGCGAAAUGGUGCAGUAACACACAUUAAAAUUCAGAAUACAGGGGAUUAUUAUGAUUUGUACGGAGGAGAAAAAUUUGCUACGCUGGCUGAGCUGGUGCAGUACUACAUGGAGCACCAUGGACAACUCAAGGAAAAGAAUGGCGAUGUCAUUGAACUAAAAUACCCAUUGAACUGUGCUGAUCCUACCUCUGAGAGGUGGUUCCAUGGACACCUCUCGGGAAAAGAGGCGGAGAAGCUGCUGACAGAGAAAGGAAAACCAGGAAGUUUCCUUGUGCGAGAGAGCCAAAGCCAUCCAGGAGAUUUUGUUCUGUCCGUGAGGACUGGUGAUGAUAAAGGAGAGAGUAGUGAGGGGAAGCCAAAAGUCACUCAUGUAAUGAUCCGAUGCCAGGAUGGGAAAUACGAUGUUGGUGGAGGGGAGAAGUUUGACUCCUUGACAGACCUGGUGGAACACUACAAAAAGAACCCUAUGGUGGAAACCCUGGGCACUGUCUUGCAGCUCAAGCAGCCAUUAAACACAACACGAAUUAAUGCAGCUGAGAUCGAGAGCAGAGUGAGGGAACUGAGCAAACCGGCUGAGAUGAUGGACAAGGUGAAGCAGGGCUUCUGGGAAGAGUUUGAGACACUACAACAACAAGAGUGUAAACUUCUCUACAGUCGAAAGGAAGGACAGCGAGCAGAAAAUAAAAACAAGAAUCGCUACAAGAACAUUCUGCCCUUUGAUCACACUCGAGUAGUCCUACACGAUGGAGAUGUGACUGAAUCUGGUUCCGAUUACAUCAAUGCCAAUUUCAUAAUGCAUGACAUUGAAAGCAAUCGAACCACUACAAAACCAAAGAAGAGUUACAUUGCUACGCAGGGCUGUUUGCAGAACACGGUGAAUGACUUCUGGAGGAUGGUUUUUCAAGAAAACUCAAGUGUAAUAGUCAUGACUACAAAAGAAGUGGAACGAGGAAAAAGCAAAUGUGUGAAAUACUGGCCAGAUGAAAUGUCCUUGAAGGAAUAUGGUGGUAUGCGUGUCAGGAAUGUACGAGAGUGUCCGGCACAUGAUUAUAUCUUGAGGGAGCUCAAACUCUCUAAAGUAGGACAGGGAUGCACUGAAAGGACUGUGUGGCAAUAUCAUUUCAAAACGUGGCCAGAUCACGGUGUUCCCAGUGAUCCGGGUGGUGUUCUGGAUUUUCUGGAAGAAGUAAAUAUGAAACAGGAGAACAUCCCAGAAACUGGGCCAAUUGUUGUUCAUUGCAGUGCAGGGAUUGGGCGUACAGGGACCUUUAUUGUGAUUGACAUUCUAAUUGACAUAAUCAGAGAGAAAGGUGUGGACUGUGAUAUUGAUGUUCCAAAGAGUAUCCAGAUGGUACGGUCUCAGCGUUCUGGGAUGGUUCAAACUGAGGCCCAAUACAGGUUCAUUUACAUGGCUGUUCAGCACUAUAUUGAAACCCUGCAGCGUCGCAUCGAGGAGGAGCAGAAAAGCAAGAUUAAAGGCCGUGAAUACACAAACAUCAAAUAUUCCUUAUCAGACCUAACGUGUGGUGGAGACCAGAGCCCUUUCCCACCCUGCACACCUAAUCCAGCAUGCACAGAAAUGAAAGAUGAGGGUGGCCGGAUCUAUGAAAAUGUUGGCUUGAUGCAGCAGCAAAAGGGCCAUAGAUGAGAUAAUACCAGCGUUUGGAACAGAAUAGAAAGGAACAAGUGGCUGUGAAAAGCAGAGGAGAAAUGGAAAUACGUCAGAUGUGAGUGGAAUGAAAAAUGACCAUCAGAGGUUUAGUUCAGAGUUUUGCAGAAUGGAUUUUGCCCUCCCCCACAUUUAAACACUAAAAGUGAAAAGUAGCUUCCCAAAUUGCUUUCCAAAUGUCAUUCUCUGUGCUAGGAAGUGAAGUAUCACCUAUAAUUUAUGCAUCAUUCACAUGGCUUUUCAGUAUUUUACUGACGUGAAACCCAAGUGCCUUUUUACAGUCACAGUCUCUCUGCAGUCAUUUUUACUUUGUGUACUUGAACUUGUUUUAAUUCACUUUAAGUGCAGAAUAGUUUUUAAAAAAACAGUUGAGGUUGUUAGAAAAUCAUACAUUAAAAUGAAUCUUGAAAGAAUAGUGUGCUUUUAGCAACAUGUUCACUAAUAUUGACGUAGACCAUGAGAGUGUUAUGUGUUGUGCGUUUGGCAUUCUUUGUUUUUAUUCACAACUUAGAAGAGGGAUGGUUGGAAUUUGCACAUGGGAUUCCCCCACCACCCCAUUUCCUCCUCCUCCUCCUUGUUAAGUUGUUGGAAGUAUUGAUGCUUUUUAAAACAUUAAAAUUCUUGUCUUUGUAAGAAAGUGAUUCACUGGCCAUAGCCUCACUGUCAGGGUUGAAGGUUAAAUGUGUGCUACCCUACACAAUUUGUUAUUUCAUAUCAAACAUUUUUAAAAUUCAUUUUCAUUCUGUGCCAAUAAGAUUGUUCUUCCUGGUCAUAAUGAGAGGAUUCAGCAGCCGAAGCUCAACUGAGAUGAAAGCAGGAGUGCUGGAGGAAGUGCAACAGUUACUGAUCUGAGUCCAAUGACUCUUCAGAUCUCCAGCAUCCGCAGUACUUUGUGUUUAGUUCCAUUGAGCUCUGAUGAACUUAGGACCUCCUUGUCAGGGAUAUUGACACUUACUUAGGAUUUAGAGUUCCAUUUGUAUCCUCAAAGCCACAACUAGAGAUGACCAAGUUAACUGUCCUCCCCAUAAGAGUUCACACUUUUAUUUUAGUAUUUGCUUCACCAUGAGUAAGACAACCUUGUAUAUCUGAGAGAGUUAAAGUUGGUGCCACUCUCCUUUUAAAGAUCUCAAGCCAGGAACAAGUUUAUCUUCCUCUGUUGUGCCUAUAAAAUUUGAUGUUUGCCAACUCGCUCUCCUCUUCCAGCCUCCUAAUACGCCUCCAGCUCUCUCUACUGGUAUAGGCUACAAUUUGUGCAAGUUCCAUAUGAGACAAAUGAGUCAUAAAAAGGCUUGGGUCUGGUUUUGGUUUAAACAUUUUGUAUGUAAAUUGGAAGUUUAUUUUCUAUGUACUUUUAUAUGAACUAUACUUUAAAAUCUCCAUAAAACAGAAAUGACCAAGGCUUCAGUUUGAUGCCCUAGUGUUUGAGGAUGUAAUGGAUUAGUUAUGAUUUGGAAACUAAAUGCCUUGAGGAUAGCACAACUUCUCUCUGCCUAGUGUUUUGUUGAAACUUGGAAAAGGUGUGGUACAACCUCCCAAGGUUAACCCUGUCUGGUAGCUUGUGGUACAGCAGCCACUUGGAGGUUCACCACAAUUCAUCAUGCAGUCUAAAUACAAGAACAAUUUCCAAGACAUCGUUUUGCCUGGUUUUGGAAGAGGUGAGGACAAAAGGGACCUUUUUUUUUUAAGCCAAGUGCAAUCAGAAUCUAUUGAGAGGAAUAGGCCAUUGUCCUGAGCCUUUGCUCAUCUAUCCCUUUUAAAAACCAUCCUCUAUCCUAUGUUGCAACUAUGCAAUGCAUUUGCAUUCCUGAUAAAAGCCAUCAGUUCAUCUGUGACCAUGUCUGAGCAGGAAUGGUGCUACCUUCCUCAUUGUCCAUUGCCUUUUUCCUCAAUGAACUUUCUUACGUGCGUGUGUGUGUGUGUGUCUGUCUCAGUGUCAGUAUGGCUUACUGACCCAUCCCAGAAACAAGCUUCUGAAAUAGCAAGGGGUCAAAAUACUCAGCAGAUCUGGCACCAUCUGCAGAGAGAGAAAGAGUUAGUCUUGAGUCAAAACCAAAGCUUCAAAGCAUUCAGAACUAGAUUUGACUUCAGGAUGAAGGGAAAAAAUUGAGUUACCUACUUGAUUAGACCAUACUAAAUCUUAACGUUGGAUCCCUUGUAAGACUGAUUUUAAAUGUCCACUUCUGUGUUUGAAAGGAUUACAUAGGCAUUGAGAAAAGUGCAGUGUCCGUGAUGCCUGACAUUGUGUCUAACAGCCCCACUGUCUAUAAAUAACUGCAUAAACUGCUUAACCAUAGUUUAAGUAUGUAACAUGAUGAUUGUGUCUCGAGACAGCGAAUUGUGUAAGCAGAAUUUUCCAACAUUCAAAUAUUUUUGAAACACUGUACAUGUAUUAAGUCUAUGUGCCAAAUCUAUUGGGUAAACUUAAUCUGACUGGAACUGCAAAAUCCAUCUUCCACCCGCCCCACCCCUCUGCAGGUAGCAUUCUGCAGGUAGUAUCCGUCCAGUGUAGCCUGUGACUUGGUUAGUCUUUUGUGAGAGACUGCUGGUAUCAGUCUGUAAUUAAGUAUGUUGAGGAUAUGAAACAAAGUUUUUUAAAAAAUGAUUAAAAUGGGAAUCUAAAUGUUAACAUGUGCAGGAAACUGAGUUGAGUAAGUUGUCUGUAAAGCAGCUUAUGUGAAACUAUUCGCGUUUAAAAUGUGACCAUGGAUUCUAUUGUAUUUGCUGACUGGAGUUAUUUGGAGGAUUUUAUACUUGAAUCAGGAUUUUGUAACAUUGUGAUAUUAAAUCUUUUAUUUCCUCCUGCCCUCCAAUUUCCACACCACAUAUGACUGACUUGCCUGAGGGUGGGUUGUCACCUACUUCCAGGCUUCUACCAACAGCUGUGCGAAGCCACAUGAGAGCACCCUGGCAAUGAGUAUCUUUCCUCAAUAUGACCAUUGCUUCCUGCCCUCUUUCUCUCUGGAGUAUUCUGGCGUUUGCUCAGUUUUCAGGUGUCGGGACCUCCUGGAUCAGGAAUGAAUCCACAUUACUCACUGCUCCAUGCUGAUGUUCUAAUGCAUGCUGCCAUUGCAAAGCUUUUUAUGUUUUACAGUUGAGCAUUAACUGGGGAUCUUCAUUAGUUUGGAAUUCUGCACUUGGUUUGUGAAUGUGCAUCUGGAGCAGCCUAUCUUGCGAAUAAGCUUUCAUCUUCACAACACUUACAUUCAAUAGUGAACAUAAAAAGAAAUGGGGGGGGGGUGAGAAUUAAUUUUAGAAAGUCUUGGAUGUAACCAGUUGGCCUUUUAAUGUGAAUUAAAUUGCUCCAGUGCUUCAGAUUAUUACAUGGGCUGUCUGUUCACCUGCAGAAUCACCAACUGAAUAACCCAUUGUAGAUGAUCAGAAUAAUGGUGCAAUGACUUAAAUGAUAUCUGCUUUUUAUUAUCCAUCCUGUAAUUUCACAUUUUGUCAAAGUACAUACCAUUCAGAUGCCUAGUUUAUGUACAGACACAGUAAAUGAUUUUCCUAUAUUUAUAAAAGUAUAUAUGGGUGGUAGUCAAUUUCUUUUUUGCUAAUCAUGCUGUGAUUUUAAAGCUACGUAAGCUGAUAUCAGAGUAUAAAUGUAUUUGUAAUGUAUCAGAUCAAAAAUUAGAAAUAAAGUCAUUUUAUAUAA